AACUUUCCCGCGCUGCUGUGCAGAGUCCUGCGGAGAACCCUUGUUGUUAAACGGCAUAGUGUUUGGGGGAUUGAACUCCGUCACGGCGUCUGCUCACCAUGUCCCUGGUGGAUCAGCAGUGGUGUCCUCCAAGCGUGCAGGUAACGGCUCUGCAAGCCAGAGGCCUUAGGAUAAAGGGGAAAAGCGGCACGAACGAUGCGUAUGCCGUUAUACAAGUGGGGAAGGAGAAGUACCAGACGUCUGUGGUGGAAAAGAGCGUUGCCCCGGUGUGGAAGGAGGAGGCCACCUUCGACCUGCCGCUGCUCCAGCAGGGAGGCGGAGGAGGCGGCGCAGAGCGCUCCACGCUGCGGGUCCAUGUCCUGCACCGGGCUCUGGUAGGCCCAGACAAGCUGCUGGGGCAGGCUGUCAUCAACCUGCUGCAGCUCUGUGAGGACAAAACCCGCCUCAAGACGGAAUGGUUUAAGUUACUUGACAAGACUGGAAAGCCAGACAAAGACCGAGGAGAGGUUCUUCUGGACAUCCAGUUUAUGAGGAACAACAUGACCGCCAGCAUGUUUGAUCUCUCUGCUGCUGGGAAAUCUCGUUCUCGCCUUGGCAAGUUCAAAGACAAAGUACGUGGCAAGAAAAAGGAAUCGGACUCGACGUCCAGUGUACAGUCUUUCCCUCAGGUUAUCACGGACAGUGAGGAGGAGGGAGAUGGAAACGCCGAGGGAGCAGCAGGCAAGGAUGGCAAAUCCAAGAAACACAAGAUUAAGUCUUUGUUUUCUCCAAAGUCCAACCUGCAGAGAAACAAGUCUCAGUCCAUGUCUGUCCUGCCUGCGAAAAACCCCUCACUGAGUGGCAGCCAAUCAUCUGGUCUAAACAUAGAGUCCUCUGAGGGAAAAAAGUUCAAGUUUAUGAUCCAUAAACGCUCCGGCAGUUCAGGCAACAAGGAUUCAUCACUGGGUCAUCAAAAACCGGUUCCUGCAGAGCAGAGUAACUUGUGCAUUAACGGAAGCCAUGUUUACUGUGAAGAGCCGCCACCUCGGACCUCUCGCGCUGGCUCCAACUUCAGUCUGGCCAGUUCAGGACACGGAUCAGUCGAGGAUGUCCCUGAAAGCUCUCCUCCAUCUGUGGAGUCACUAAAAGCUGUGAGGCAGUAUUCACCCUGGAUGGAAGAAGAAGAAGAAGAGGAGGAUGAGGAGGAAGUGAAUGGUGAAAGUAUAAAAGAGGAUGUUAAUGAAUCAAGAAGGGAAGAACAAGAAAGAAACAGGAUGCAGGAGGAAAUGAAGAAUAAAGAGAGGGAAGAGGCUCUAAAGAGACAACAAGAGGAGCUUGAGUUAUUGACUAAGGAAAAGAUGAGACAAGAAGAGGAAGCUAAAAGAGGGGAAGAGGAAAGGAUUAUGAAGGAAAGGGAGAGAGAGGAGAGGGUCAGGAGAGAACAAGAGCAAAGAUUGGCAGAAGAAAAGAGGCAAGAGGAACAACGAGCAAAAGUUGAGGAGGAAAAAAAGAGGCAGAGGGAGGAAGAAGAGAGGAUUAGGAGAGAAGAGGAAGAGGAGAGGGCUCAAGAGAGGCAAAGACAAGAGUGUAAAUUAGCAGAGGAAAGGAGAUUAAAGGAAGAAAGGGAGUUAGAAGAAGAAAGGAGGCUUGAAGAACAAAGAAAGGAGGAGGAAAGGAGGCAAAAAGAGGCUGAGGUAGAGCUCAUGAGAAAGCAGGAAGCAGAACAAAAGAGGCAGAGGGAGGAAGAAGAGAGGAUUAGGAGAGAAGAAGAAGAGGAAAAGGCUCAAGAGAGGCAAAGACAAGAAGAGCGUAAAUUAGCAGAGGAAAGGAAAUUAAAGGAAGAAGAGAGGAAGUUAGAAGAAGAAAGGAGGCUUGAAGAACAAAGAAAGGAGGAAAGGAGGCAAAAAGAGGCUGAGGUGGAGCUCAUGAGAAAGCAGGAAGCAGAACAAAAGAGGCAGAGGGAGGAAGAAGAGAGGCAAAGACAAGAAGAGCGUAAAUUAGCAGAGGAAAGGAAAUUAAAGGAAGAGGAAGAGAGGAAGUUAGAAGAAGAAGAAAGGAGACUUGAAGAACAACAAAGAGAGGAGGAAAGGAGGCAAAAAGAUGCUGAGAUGGAGCUCAUCAGAAAGCAGGAAGCACAACAAAAGAGGCAGAAGGAAGAAGAGAGGAUUAGGAGAGAAGAGGAAGAGGAGAAGGCUCAAGAGAGGCAAAGACAAGAGUAUAAAUUAGCAGAGGAAAGGAGAUUAAAGGAAGAAGAGAAGAAGUUAGAAGAAGAAAGGAGGCUUGAAGAACAACAAAGAAAGGAGGAGGAAAGGAGGCAAAAAGAGGCUGAGAUGGAGCUCAUCAGAAAGCAGGAAGCAGAACAGAAGAGGCAGAGGGAGGAAGAAGAGAGACUUAAUGAAGAGGUGAGGAGACAGAAGGAAGCAGAGAGGGUCAGAAAGGAAAAGGAAGAAAGGGACAGAUUGAUGGAGGAAACCAGGAAACUAAAAGAAGAAGAAGAAAAGAGGAGAAUUGAGGAAGAGGAAAAAAUUAGGAGGGGAGAGGAAAUGAUACAAGAAGAAAGGAGAAGGAAUGAGGAAAAUGAGAGGAUUCAAAGGAAAGAGCAGGAAAGGAUUAGGAAGGAGAAGAGACAGGAGGAAGACCAGAGGGCAAUAAAGGAAAUGGAAGAAAAUGAGGGAGUAGUAGAAGUGAGAAGACUGGGGGGACAAGAAAAGAGGAUUGAGGAAGAGGAGAUAAUUAAGAGGGAGGGAGAGCAGACAAGGAAGCCGGAGAACAAGUUGGAAACAUUCACAGAAGGAAACGAGAUAGAAAAUCAAAAAAAUGAACAGAGAACUGCAGCAAAGAAAUCCAGUGUGAGCAGUCCUGGAGAAGUCCCCCCCACACAUCUGUUCCAUGAGAACCUUUCACAUCAGCCCUCUGAGGACAUUCCCAACUUUCCUUCUGAACCCCACAAUCACACAGCUAAAGUGGAAGCUGUUAAGCAAAGAUGUCAGUCGGUUGUUCCAUCAGAGGGAAGAGAUGCUGUUUCCAGUGAUCAAAAAGACCUGGUUGGAACUCAACGGGAGAAGAGACCAGCUCCUCUGCCUCCCAGAUUGAAUCAAACUGAAAGGCAGAGAGGGAAGGAACAGGAUGUGCAGGUACAACAUCGGCUGCAAAGUAAAGACAAAGAUGUCAAAACUGACAAUUGUCUUCCUCAGUGCUCGGUGCUUAUCACACCAAUGAAUAAGCCUCCCACAGGUGCAAAGAACACCCAGAGUGUGCCACAAAAUAACACAACCAAAGUAACAGCCAAACACACUAAACGUCCUGCACCAUCCAGACCUGGUUCUGUUGGAGAGCAGCAGCCGUCGUCCGAGUCAAAAACAUCUGCCAAGAUUUCCCACCAAGGUGUCACGGUGGCAAAACAAGUCCAUACUGUUUAUGGCUUAAACCCAUUUGAAGAUGAAGAUGAGACUGAGCUUGCAUCUGACAAUGACCCAUCUGUUUCUGGUCCAGUAUGCUGGCCUCCACCUAAGUCACAAUCUGUCGACAAAGAUGCUGCUUCUCAAGUAAAAGUCAAAUCUUUGAAGAUAGCCCCUGCUCCUCCACCUCCCGCCAAGACUGACGCCACUUCUGGCACUUCAGUCAAUCAAAACGGAGCUAGACGCCACAGUAAAGGUGAUACACCAGGGACUGGACCAAACAACAGAUAUGACUUGCAACCAGAGAACAUAACAUAUGUAGAUGUCCAUGACGGUCCAAAACGACAGUCUCAGCAGAUAAGAGUGCAGACUAUCACAGUGGCAGGUGUGAAGGAUGAGGGGCGUCCUACAAGUCCACGCAGGCUGCAACCUGUAAAACCCCUCAAUCCUCUUGAUCAGUGUGCCUCUGUUCAAGGAGGAAAUGAUAGCAAAUCCACUGGACACAUCAUCGGAAGUCAAGAUAAAACAAAGGUUAAUGACACUGGGGUGAUCGGGCCGUACUCUCAGCUGACUAAAGAGGAACUAAUCUGCCUGGUGUUGAAACAGGAAACCAAGCUCCUCGAGAGAAAUAAAAAGAUAGCAGAGCUGGAGCAGUACAUUGACAACUUACUGGUGCGGGUCAUUGAAGAGCAGCCAAGUAUCCUCAUGUCUUUGAGCCCCAUAAAGAAGGCUGCUUAAGUGGAUUCAGGGUGCUGACUUUAUUCUUUCUGCACAGUUCAGAUUGUUGUUUUCUGACUUUAAUCACUACAGUUCCCUUUUGAGAAAUUUCAAUUUCACUCUCGUUGAGAACCCUGAAUUUAAUCAACAGGCUAUGGACUUGCUUAGAUUUAAAGUUGACAUGAAUAAUGACGGGCAAGAAAAAGAUAAACCAGACAGCAGUAGUUUCUGCUAAAACCUUUUUUAGGUUGAGCAUCAUAUCCCUUUUGCUUAAAUUUGUGGAAUAUUUUCUUUGUGUGAGACUCUGUAAGGAUGUCUUUCAUAUACAUAUUCAUUUCUUUUCAUGUUUAGCAUUUUGAGCUUAUUGUAUUCUAUGGCAAAAUACUGUAAUCCAUACUUUUUUUUGUUUAUGUGUAGAUAUGUAUGGAAAACUGCCUUACUCACUCACUUAUGCACUUUCAUGAUUUUUCUAUAUCAUCCAGAAUUUUGAAGAUAUUUCUGCUAACCUUUGAAAAAGCACUUUAAAUAGUUUACACAAAUAAAAUGAAUUGUACAACAUGGAAUUAAUGUAACAUUCUGAGAUAAAUGCUUUAAU